UUUCUAAUUGCAUUUUUGUUGUUGUAUAGAAUGAAGACAUACUGGUUACAUGAAUAACAAAAAGCUCGUGGCUCCUGAUUCCAUCAGUUUCCCCUCUGUUGUUCCCAGAGUCGUCUCUGCACCUCAGUAAACGCGUCACUGAGCUGCCCAUUGUGGCAGAAAAAACCGGAUUUAAAGUCCUCCACUUCAAAAGCACCGCGAGACCCGCCCCCUUCGUGCGCCGUGACGUCACCGUGCACCGUGACCCUCUUGCGCCGCUCCGCCCGGAUCUCCAUCAGCAGACGCUCAACUCCUAUGAACUCAACAGAAAGGAGCGUCACAAACUACUGAACCUUCUAUUUUCUACACAAAUGAUAAUUGAAUUUUUUUUUUGAAAGAUUCGUGGACAUGUCUUCCUCCAGCACGUGCAGAUACAGCUAUGACGAGUACAAAAAGACAGCAGACUGGCUGCUGGAUCAGACAAAGCAGCGCCCCACAGUGGCCAUCAUCUGCGGUUCAGGUCUGGGUGGUCUGGCUGACCUGUUAGAAGACAAGGAAGUAUUUCCAUAUGCGGACAUACCACUUUUCCCCACCAGCACUGUGCCAGGCCAUGCCGGUCAGCUGGUGUUUGGAAAGAUGCAGGGCCGCGUGUGUGUGUGUAUGCAGGGGCGAUUUCACUUCUACGAGGGCUACGACAUACAAAAGGUGACGUACCCAGUGCGAGUGUUUUUCAUGCUCGGCGUGAAAACCCUGAUUGUGACAAAUGCAGCCGGUGGACUCAAUGGCAGCUACUGCGUUGGAGACAUCAUGCUCAUUAAGGAUCACAUCAACAUGCCCGGUUUCUCGGGGCAGAAUCCACUUUGUGGCCACAACGAUGAGAGGUUCGGAACGCGCUUCCCAUGCAUGUCAGACGCAUACGACCGUGACAUGAGGGCUCUGGCCAAGCAGAUUGCAGAGGAGCAGGGCUGCGGCGGCUUCCUGCGGGAAGGAGUUUACUGCAUGCUGGCCGGUCCGACAUAUGAGACCAUUGCAGAGUCCAGGUUUCUGCAGACCCUGGGGGCUGACGCCGUCGGCAUGAGCACAGUCCCAGAAGUGGUGGUGGCUCGUCACUGUGGCUUGAACGUCCUGGGUGUUUCCCUCAUCACCAACAUGGCUGUGAUGGAUUACGAGAGCACAGUGAAAGCAAACCACGCAGAGGUGCUGGAGACCACCCAACACCGAACCCACGACCUGGAGAGGCUCGUCAGCAACCUCAUCACCAAGAUCUAGAAACAUCUAUAAACAUGCACGCACAUAAUCCAGGCUUUGCACAAAAUGAUUAGUGACAGGUUUAUCAAAGGUUUGAAUGAAGUAUAAAGGGAAAUGGGUUAUUGUUUAUUACUGGGUAAUUAUUGUGUUUUUAAGUUGCUUUAAAGGUACAGGGAAGAGUAAAAAAAAGUAUAAUGUUAUAAUAUAUGGAAAUAAUAGCUGGUAACUGGCAUAGUAUUUGAUGAAUGUAAGCAUUGUUAUCACUGUAGGACUUUUGGGAGUAAGGAAUGUGUUAGAUCGAGUCCCCAUGAUUCACAUCCAUGGAGACAUUCAAUGUCCAGACUUUAGGUUAAAUGGUUUUAUCUGUAAACCAAUUCUACAUGGGGAAAUACAGAAGGUAGGUGUAGGUGAGAGACACAGUUCCAGAAUAAUUAACGUGGAGAGUAACAGUGACUAAAACUCGUCCCACAUGUUGUCUUUGAAGGCCAGUCUCAUUCUCGCAUCUGAUGUCGCUCGUCAGACUGAAUGCUGAUUUAUUCCCGGCAUUAAUUGCGCACUUAUCUUUUGAAAGCUAAUGCAGUACCACUAGAAAUGGAAGGGGGGAGCAGUGUAGCUAAUACUCCAAGCAAGGCAACCACAGUAUAAGAUAAUGAGGAAGACAUUUUUAACUUUUUGAGUUUUGAGUUGAGUUGUUUGCAACAACCUUGACAGUGUGGCUGCUCUUGCGGGUUUCUUAAAGGUCCAAGAGCAUCACAUACAAUUCUCUCUCUCCUGCGCUCUCUGCCAUUUCCUCUUCUGUCUUUGGUUGGUUUAUGCAUCGGGUUUAUAGAGGCGGGGGCUGUUCACAAAAAUGCAAAAAGCAAGUCCAUUCAGGCUGCUGUAAAAAAUAAAUUCGUGAAAACUUAAAAACUGAAAGCUAUUAAACACCAAAACAAACAUACCUGAGGGUAGUUUAUUCAAUGUCAGACCUUUAAAAGGUAGAUUAAUACAUCCUCCAUUGUCACCAUCAUCCUCCUCUUCCUCCUCCUCUGGUAUAGUAAAAUUAGUUUCAUUUUCUACAUACUGAAAAUUCCUCAGCUGCACCCCGAUCGUACCCUGGUACAUACAGUAGAACUGUAUCAGUUUUCUGAUGUUUCUAAGUUCCUCCAGAGGAAGCUUGCAUACCACUCCUGGUACACGUACCACCCUUUGAGAACCACAGCUGUAGACUAAACUUCAAGCGUCAGUUUUGCCUGUGGUUGGUGUGGUCAGAAGUGUCUGUCGCCUCCUGCACCUGCUGCACCUACACCUGACAGUGAUGUGACAGGUGCACGGACGGUCGGACACGCCCCCUCUGCAUCACUGCUUCACAGUGAGAAAUGAAAGCACCGCAGGGCAUCGAAAAACAAGACUAUCAGAGGCUGAUAAGUUGCUCUUAAAUAAUAAAUAGUGCCCGGGUGUGAAUCAUGAUGAGAUGUGAAAAGCCGGGGAAAGGAACAGAGGUGGAAGUAAAAGAUGUUGUCGAAUGGUAAAGGUUUUAAAAACCUAUGUUUGAAUCCCAUAUGUGCUGGAAGGAAAGCAGCCGUGGAUUUAUUCAUAUAUUUUAAGUGAAACAACUUGUAUAAUAGGGAGUUACAGAAUAUUGUAUUUUAGACAAAUUAGAUUAACUAAUGUAUUUAAUGGGGAUCUUUAAAAAAAAGGAAAUAUACGUAUAGAGAGAAAUAAUAUCUAAUAUUUUAAUCAAAUACUGAAAUCUAUUAUAAUCUGAACCCUGGGGUUUGCAGUUUUCAAUCUUCUCUGUUGAACUGGAAGCUCCUGUCAGGUUCCCCUGAACAUUUCAUCCAUUAGAGCUGGGGGAGUCAUUGAUCAGCAGUCUGCUUUGUGUCACGCAUAACAUCUAGAUGCCAAUAGAAGUCUUUAGGGAGGGGGGAUUCCACUCCGAGUGGAGCCUGCCAUCAUGGAAAUGUAAGAUCUGGAGCUGCUGUGUACAGUAAACAGAAAACUUAACAUUAAGAUGCUUUCAUUUGAUCAUUACUCAGGAUAUAAUCUCCAAAACAGCCUUGAAACCAUUGCUUUAGUACCACACUUGCCUUUUUUUGUGUAUGGGCACAACACCAGAUUUUGCAUUUCACUCCCACGUCAGCCUUCUGUUGUGUGUCUUGUAUGAGGUUUAAUCGUAGGUCGCAGGUCAUAAUCUUAUUACUUCCUCUGUCGGUUGUUUUCAUGUAAAAUGCUGCUGAAAUAAAUAAAUAAAUAAAU